AUGCUCUACGUUCCUCCUCAGCGUUACCAGGUCUUUGUUGAGCUCAAGGAAGACUAUGAAAUUGCACCCAUUAUUCACCCUACCAAACAGCCUGACCAUAUCGAUUUGUAUGCCUUGUUUUGUACACCACGAGACGCUUCCGGGGCAGCCAUAUUGGAUCGUUGGAACGCGCUCAUAAAAUUGACGUACUGGUCAAGGUGUCGAUUCUCGCUUCAUCAUUUCAAGGAGAGGUACGAAUUCUUAGUUAGGCUCCGUGGGACCAAACAACAUACUGCUGCCAAGGCUGAUAUUAGCGAGCACCUUGUCGAUUGUAUGGAUGUGAUAUUGUCUGAAGCGCUGCGUCUAGCCUGUCCCCUAGCUGGUAGCAAACCGAGAUCGUCUUCUUACUGCGGCUGUCCCCGUGACGACCCUCUAGGAUAUCCCUGUGAGUACAAGAUGUCCACUAUCGUGCAGCAGAGAAAGCUUUCGCUAGACGAUUUCAACCCCCAUUGGAGAAGUUUUUACGUGGACCUGAAGAUUGUGAAAGUUAAUGACCAAGGAAAAGAUGCCAAGGAGCGCAUUAGAACCUGGUGCCAAUCUGUACUCCUUGGAAUUAGGUAA